CCAUGGCAGAUGUGGUUGUGCUCCCAGCCAGCACAGGGGGGAGUGUGGUGGUCUCCAGCGAGUAGCAGAGGAGGAGUAAUGUGAUGCAUAGGAUGAGGAAGACCCUCCCUAGCAGUGGGCUGAACAGGCUGGGGUUGGUUCAGUGCCCAUCAUACUCUGAGCCUUGGGAAAGCAAGUAGAAGAAAAAAAAAAAAAAACAACAACCGAGGGGACCCGCGGCUUUUGUCACCCGCCUGUAGUGGUGGCAUUGAGGAAGGGGAUCCAGGGAUUUCCUCCAGCGGGGGCACGCGCCUGGUCUCUGCAGCCCCCUCUCUCGGUCACACACACUGAGGCGGAGGAGGAGGAGGAGGGAGCUGCUGCUGCUGCUGUCAGACGCUGCUCCACUGCACGACAAGCCGGGCUUCUCCCUCACUGCUCCGGGUGUGACGCCCGCUACACCCGCCAAGAGGAGAACUCCCAGCAGCUGCGGCGGCACACGACGAUGAUGAUGUGAUUGCAGAGCCGGCCCGUCUGCUGCAGGUUUGUAAGAGGCAGAACUAUCAUGUCAACAGUGUGGGAGGCUGACAUCUGACUUCAACGCCGAGAUCAACGGGAGAUCCAUUUUCACUGAAGACUUGGUCAGAGCUUUUAAAGGUCUUUACUACAGUUGCACUUGAAGAAAUGUGGUGAAAUCAAGUUAUAGUAUCGGUAGUUUAGGAAAUAUUGGGAUAUAGAUAAUGGGCUGUGUGCAAUGCAAGGAUAAAGAUGCAACCAAACUGACAGAUGAGAGGGAUAACAGUUUAACUCAGAGCUUAGGGUAUCGCUAUGGGACAGAUCCCACUCCACAGCACUAUCCCAGCUUCCCUGUGACCACUAUUCCAAAUUACAACAACUUCCAUGGAAAUGCAGGGCAGGGACUUACAGUCUUUGGGGGCGUGAACUCCUCGUCACACACAGGAACCUUGCGUACAAGAGGAGGAACAGGAGUUACACUUUUUGUGGCUCUUUAUGACUAUGAAGCAAGAACAGAAGAUGACCUAAGUUUUCAAAAAGGAGAGAAGUUCCAGAUACUGAAUAGCUCUGAAGGCGAUUGGUGGGAAGCGCGCUCGUUGACAACUGGUGGGACUGGUUAUAUCCCAAGUAACUAUGUGGCGCCAGUGGAUUCCAUUCAAGCUGAAGAAUGGUACUUUGGCAAACUGGGAAGAAAGGAUGCAGAGAGACAAUUGUUAUCCUUUGGAAAUCCAAGGGGAACCUACUUAAUACGUGAAAGUGAAACCACCAAAGGUGCCUAUUCAUUGUCUAUUCGUGACUGGGAUGACAUGAAAGGAGAUCAUGUCAAACACUAUAAGAUCCGGAAACUUGACAGUGGCGGAUAUUACAUAACAACGAGGGCCCAAUUUGAAACCCUUCAGCAGCUUGUUCAUCACUAUUCAGAGAGAGCUGCUGGUCUGUGUUGCCGCUUGGUAGUACCCUGCCAUAAAGGAAUGCCAAGGCUUACUGACCUGUCUGUCAAAACCAAAGAUGUCUGGGAAAUUCCAAGAGAAUCCCUCCAGUUAAUCAAGAGGCUGGGCAAUGGGCAGUUUGGGGAAGUAUGGAUGGAGCAAGCUGAUGGUUUGUGUUAUAAUUUUACAAUGAUUGCACCGAAUUAUGUCCCACAAACUGUUGGAUUGGCUAAAGAUGCAUGGGAAGUGUCACGGAGCACAAUACUUCUGCAAGAGAAGCUCGGUCAGGGCUGUUUCGCUGAAGUGUGGUAUGGUACAUGGAAUGGAAAUACCAAGGUGGCAAUAAAGACUCUGAAGCCGGGUACCAUGUCUCCUGAGUCUUUCUUGGAAGAGGCUCAGAUCAUGAAGAAGCUGAAACAUGAUAAACUGGUGCAGCUUUAUGCAGUAGUGUCCGAAGAACCUAUCUACAUUGUAACUGAGUACAUGAGCAAAGGGAGCUUGCUAGAGUUCCUCAAGGAUGGCGAAGGACGAGCCCUGAAACUGCCAAACUUGGUGGAUAUGGCUGCCCAGGUUGCCGCUGGGAUGGCUUAUAUUGAACGUAUGAAUUACAUACACAGAGACUUACGGUCUGCAAAUAUUUUGGUUGGAAAUGGUCUGAUUUGCAAAAUUGCAGAUUUUGGUCUUGCUCGAUUAAUUGAAGACAAUGAAUACACAGCGAGGCAAGGUGCAAAGUUUCCCAUAAAAUGGACAGCCCCUGAAGCAGCACUGUAUGGAAGGUUCACAAUCAAGUCAGAUGUGUGGUCAUUUGGUAUUUUACUGACAGAACUUGUAACAAAAGGAAGAGUUCCCUAUCCUGGUAUGAAUAACCGAGAAGUUUUGGAACAAGUGGAACGUGGCUACAGGAUGCCUUGUCCACAGGACUGUCCUAAUUCUCUGCAUGAGCUCAUGCUUAACUGCUGGAAAAAAGACCCAGAGGAGCGCCCAACUUUUGAAUAUCUUCAAGGUUUCCUGGAAGACUACUUCACUGCCACUGAGCCCCAGUACCAACCCGGAGACAACCUGUAAAGUUCUGCCUGCACCAAGCCAUUUCCAGGUUGAAAUCCUAGAAUUUGCUUCCAGUUUAAUGACUGCCUUUAACAAGGAGCUCUUUCUUCCAGUGUGGGUUGCACGUAGGCGUGAAGCUCAGAACUUCAAGAAAACUUUUUUUUUCCAUGGCCAAUUAUAAUAAUCUGAAUGUUCUCUUUUGAAAACAGUAAAACUAUGGGGGAAAGGAAAAAAAGGCAAAACUUCUCAAGCAAAGACUUGAAAGAUGCAUUGUAUUGAUGUUAUGUAAACUGCAAAACCUCUGUUUAUUGUAAAUAUUAACUCUGUGCCAAUUCCCAAUAUUAGAGUUUUUUUAAAAAUAAGAAUUCAUGCAUUUUUAACGCGUUUCCCUUUGAGUCUACACAAGUAUUACUUUUCAAAGUGCCCUCAUACACUUCUAUGGCUUUUUAUUUAAUAUGUAGAUGCUUUAGUUUUGCUUUUUGUACAUGUACCUAUAAAUAAUGCAAGCUGUACAUACAUACCACCAUGCAGUACAUCUGGUACAUACAUACAGCCAUACAUACUGACCGCAAGGAGUGGGGGGGGGGGGGUCCUGUCUGGGUCAUUAAUGCCAAUUACAAAGAAACAUUUCACAGGUUUCUGAAUGCGGGAUCCUAGAAGAAUGCAAUUUUAUAUUGCUUAUAUUGCAUCUUGGUUUCAAGAGAUUGAUCCAAAUCAUAGUGUAAACUGGAUACGCUCAUACCUUGUCAACAUGCGGUAUGACGGUGGCGGUGGUAAAUGGCGGCACAGCAGUGCCACAAAGAUGCCAGUUUAAUGACUAAUACAUUUAUUGUCUAUAUUCUACAUCCAUCUAAUUAGUAUAAAUGUGGCUUCUGGGAAAUUCAUCUGUCACAAUAGCUACCUACAAAAUGUUAUUUUUUUCUUAAUUUUUUAAAACCUUUAACUUCUCUCUAUUUUUCACUUGCAAUACACAACUGUGUAACCUUUGCCAAUCUGAAGACCACCCAGGAGUACAUAAGCAGAUUGUUCAUCUUUUCUAUGUAGUAUUUACCAAUGUAAAAAAGCUGAUAAAACUUAUUUCUACUUGUCUUGAGACGUUCUCCAAUGGAAUUACUAUGCACUAUACAUUUCAUGGGGAAUGCACAAAAACAGUGUUUCUUUGUAUCAUUCUUAGAUUUAUUCUGUUUAUUGAACAACUGACUUUUCCAUUUGGUUUUUACAUCAUGUUAUCAAUUUAAGGUCUUAACUAAUUUCCUAUUAUCAUUUCUUUACAUUUUUUCAUGGAAUACUGUUUAACUUUAUUAAUUUAGUAAUUAAAUAUGAACAUUUUGCAUCAUUAUUUUGUUAUUAUUCCUCUGCCCAGAACAGAAUUAUUAAAAAAUCUGGGAGACUGUCACACCACUCUAAGGUAAAAAUCGGUAUCUUAAUGCGA